AUGACUGUUAAUCCGACCAAGAAGCUCAAAGUAUCAGCUUUAUGUGAGUUAUGUCAUGCAAGAAAAGCGGUGAUGAAAAGACCUAAAAAUUUAAUGAAACUAUGUAAGGAAUGUUUUUAUAAAGUAUUUGAAACAGAAAUUCACAACACAAUAGUGUCCAAUAAUUUAUUCCAGCCUGGAGAUAAAAUAGCGAUCGGAGCAUCAGGUGGGAAAGAUUCAACUGUUUUGGCGUCUAUCUUGAAAACUUUAAAUGAAAGAUAUAAUUAUGGGUUGACUUUAGUCUUGCUAUCUAUAGAUGAGGGAAUCAAAGGAUAUAGAGAUGAUUCAUUAGCAACUGUCAAAAGAAAUCAACAACAAUAUGAAAUGGAUUUGGAAAUUGUAUCAUAUAAAGAUUUAUAUAACUGGAGUAUGGACGAAAUAGUCAGUUGCGCUGGUAUAAGAUCUUCGUGUACAUAUUGUGGAGUAUUAAGAAGACAAGCUUUAGAUAGAGGAGCAGCAAAACUUGGAAUAAAUCAUGUCGUUACAGGGCAUAAUGCCGAUGAUAUGGCGGAAACAGUUUUGAUGAACUUAUUGCGUGGUGAUGCAAAUAGAUUAGAAGGAAGUACUAAAAUAAUGACUCAAUCAGCUGAAUCACCUAUAAAAAGAUCGAAACCAUUUAAAUAUACUUAUCAAAAGGAGAUUGUGUUGUAUGCGCAUUACAAGCAACUUGACUAUUUUUCAACCGAAUGUUCGUAUGCACCAGAGGCUUUUAGAGGUACAGCUAGAGAAUUAUUGAAAAGUUUGGAAAGUAUACGGCCAUCAUGUAUCAUGGAUAUUAUAUAUAGUGGGGAGCAUUUAGUGUUAGCGAAGAAACAAAAAAAGAAAACAGUUGCAUAUAAAAAUAAGAAACCAGAAGAAACUGAAAUAAACAAAGACGGGUCAGUAUCUAUUCAAAACUCGAGAUGUGAAAAAUGUGGGUAUUUGUCUUCAAAUAAAAUCUGUAAAGCAUGUAUGUUGCUACAAGGUUUAGAAAUGAAUAAACCUAAAGUUAAUAUAGAUAAUGGUUCAACAGAAGGAGCAGCUAAGAUGACUAAAAUGCUAGAGGGUCUAAGUUUUUGA